AUCAAAAAUAAAUAAUUCAUGAAACCCAUUGGCCAUAUUGCCACACCAUUUUAGUACAUUCUACUGCCAGCUGCUUCCCCGUCCUCUUACUGUGUUACCAAGGAUAUUUGCGAGGUAAUUAGGCACAGAACUGACAGCACCAACUGUUGCAGGUAAUCCCAAGAAAGAAAUUUGUUAGAUUAGUGGGGAGCUAUAGCAGAAACCAAACGCCAGGUAAGUAAUUUGAUUUUAUCUUUGUAUUCUUGUAAUCGUGUAUUUAAUUGUAAGAACUAUGUGAAAAAGAAGUAAGAACUACAUUAAAAGAAGAAAAAAAGUUCAUCUCUUUGCAUUCACUAUUUUAUGUAUUGUUUAUUUCCUGUGAUGGAUGCAAUAUUCCAUAGUUUUUACUUUUGUUUAAAUGGGAUGAAAUAUUUGAUUUUUUUUUACAUAUUUAAUUCUUUCGUCUGUAAAUGUAACCAUAUAUUCGAGCAAGGAUAACAUCAGCUCCAUGUUACAAGAUUGAUUCACCAAGUACAUGAUUAGGAAUAAGUGCAAGUGUAGGGUUUGUCAAUCCAAACCUUGGAAUAGAAGAUGAACUUUUUAUGGAGAGGCAUGGGCUUUUUAUGGGCUCUUAACCUAGUGAAUUUACACCGUUUUAGUAUUAUGCUGGUAGAGAUGGAUUUGUCGAUCCGUAAUACAUAAAAUUGAAUCGAGAAAAAGACACGACUUUGGAGAUUUUGGGGAAGGAAUUGAAAACAAAGGACACAUCAUGUUAUGGCUCGCACUAAUUGUAGAUCAUAUUUACAUUUUACCAUCAGACUGCAAUGCUUUAAUUAUGCUACUAACCUCUUCGAACUAGAGCUAUUCCUUAAUAUCAAACGGGAAAAGAACAAAACCCAAAGGGAUCAGAGAUUAAAAUGUUUUUGUGGCAGGAGUUGGGCACGUUGAGAAGAUCGCAGCCGCCCAUCUCACCGAAGUCGCGCUGUAAGUAAAUGCAGCCCGUCGUGCUCACUGGUGGUGGAGCUCAGUUUAAUGUUAAUGAUCUGAUCAGAUAAAUUAAUUAAGUUUGAUGCUGCAGGGAGUGUCAGGUGUUUGCUUUUCUUUUCUUUUCUUUUAAUCACCUCUUAAUUUAUUCCCCUCCUUUUCUGAUUGGUUAAUUAAGAACCUUGUAAAUCCUUUUUCUUUUCAAGUGUAAAGAAGAAGCUAAUGAGUUGGGAUCGUUGUAAAUGUCAGUGUAACUAGUGGCAAGGUGAGAAAUAUAAUAUAAUAUUUAAUGUAUAUUAGUUUCGAAUUCUAAGAUUAACAAUCCUUACAUAAUAUUAUAGGAAUUCAAAACUAAAUCUUUGUCACAUAAGCACAUAGAUGACUCUAAUUCUUCCAUGGUGGACAAGUUCUAAUUAUAAAUUUUUUCCUUACACUUAAAAUCAUCAUUAUUAUCAUUAAAAUGUGCAUUAAGUUAAUAACAAUGAAUGCAAUCUUUUGGUUUGUUUCUAUUGAUUUUCCAGUGUAGAUGAUCUAAAUAAAAUUGGAUAUUGGAAAAAAAUAAAAGAUAAAACAUAGAAAUUGGGUCAAACCCUAUAAAACAAACAAAACUCUUUUCUUAUUUACUCAAAAUUUUGAGAUUUCUAGCAUUUCAGUUUUCUUCUCUACUAUUUUAUGCAUAGAUACAUCAACAUGUAAGGAAAAUGGUAAGACAUAUAGAGUUUUUUUCAUUGCGUCAGUUACAAGAGGCAGCAAUUAGAUGAGAAACAAUUGAGUAGUUGUAAUAUAUUGUUCCUAUUGGCAAAAAAGUUCUUAUCAUUGCGAAUACGAAGUAAACCAAGCCAAGUAUUAUCGACAACUCCCUAUUCUACCGUGAUCCGCAGCUGAUGACUGACCUCUCUUCUCCAAGGGUAUUUGGCUGUUUGUGAUUAACUGGUCGGGUUCUACUCUUCUUUCCAUUUCUUAAGUACUUUCAUACUAUGGUGGCAGGGUUAUAAAUUGCCCUACUUGAUCUACCAUUGUCUUUCAUCUUCGCUUUAGGUACUAUUCAAAACUAAAUUACUGCCACAUCAGCACAUGGAUAGCUCUCAUCCUUUCAUGGUGGGCAAGUUCUAAUUAUAAAUGACGUACCUUAUGUUAACACUUUCAAUCGUCAUUAUCAUUAAUAACACAUAAAUUUAAGUUAAUAACAAUGAAUGCAACCUUUUAGUUUGUUUCUAUACGUUUUUUUCUGUAUAGAUUAGCUCUCUAAAAAUAAAACCCAUCAUUAAAAAGAAUAAAAUUAAUUGAGUGGGUCAAGCCCUGUAAAAACAAACAAAAAUCAUUUCUUCUUUGCUCAAAAGUUCGAGAUUUCUAGCAUUUCUCUUUUAUAUUAUUCAUUGGAUGCUAAAAUGGAAAACAAAUUGUGAGGAUUGUCACCUUACCAUGUUCCAUCAGAGGAUGUUUUUAUAUUUAUUAUAUUCAUGAGUGGCUUGCUACUAGCUAGCUUUACAAUGAUGAUAUAGUCAGUAAUUAGUAAGUAGCAGGGGGUUAUAAGUAGAAGGGAUGUGGAGUUUUAUAAAGGUCACAAAUAAGAAAUAAAGUGGUAAUGGUGGUCUAUGGGUUGUCUAUGUCGAUGUUCUUUCAAUUUCUUAAAGUGUGCAAUGUCAUUUGUUUUUUUUUUCUUACCGUGGAUUGAUGCAUCAAUCCAGUUCAUGAUUGAGGAAUUCAUAAGAUGGAACGAAUUGAGUUGUACUGAAGUUUGCAACUUUCACUAUUCGUCUAUGUUGUUAUUAGGUAAAAAAAAUAUUCGUUUUGCAAAGGAUAUUUAGCCCUCUACUAAAUAUCAAUUAUAUUUAUAUGUGCUUAAAUUUGCUGAAAAUAUUAUUGUAAUAAAUUAAUGAUAGUUGACGGUUCUAUUUCUGGUUGGUUAUGCUAGAACAUUGCUAAGGUAAACUAAAAUGGAUAAGCAGAAAAUUGAUUAUGUGGAUGCUAAUGAGAUUUCUUGCUCUAUCAAAAUUACAUGGAUAACUUAUAUUGCAUGGUAUUCGUAGGAUCUAAAAUAAUAAUAAAAAAUAGUAGAUACAAAAUAGUUUACAUAAAAUAAUUUAAUAAAAUUAGUGUUUCAAUAAUAAAUGGAAGAUACAAAGGGUCAAACAAUAUCUUCUUAUGAAAUAAGGUAAAGGAGAUUGAAAUUUUCAUGUAUAAUAGUGUAACAUACAUGAAUCAUCAAAAAAUAAAAUAAUACAAUGAAAAAUAAAUCUAUUUGCACUGCCCAACGGCGGGUAAAAAACUAGUCAUACGAAAAGAAGAACGAUGCAAAAGUUCGUUAGUUACUACUUGACUCUUCAUAUUAUACACCUCCCAAAAAAGUAUGGUAAUUGUUGGAUUUAUUUAGAAACAAAGUCAGCCCCAAUUCUAAGCAUAUCUCGAAUGCUCAAAAUACGGUUUUCUAGUGUUAAAAUUCAUAAUUAUUGGAGAAAUUUAAAUUUUGGAUUUAAUUCGAUAUGAAAUCACAGGCUUUGUUAAGUUUGAGUGUAAAGGGGAUCAUGAUCAAACCAUACAACUAUAGAGGAAUUUUACCAUACUUUAAGGCAUUAGUGCUUUAGUUUUUGCUUUCAUGGUACAACUUGAAGUUGUAACUAUGUCGUAUAGUACAACUUCGGGUUGUAGUUAUACUCUUUUGUAAAAUCUCUUUAUGGUACAAACUAUUGUACUUUUAUGUUAUGGUACAACUUUACAACUUGUACCAUAACAUAAAAGUCAAAUUCAUUUAUGAUAUAACUUCAAUUUGUACUUUUAACGUUAUGGUACAACUUCAAGUUGUACUUUAAAGUACCAAUACUUUAAAGCAUAGUAGAGGUGUUUUACAGCUAUAAUGUCAUGGUGCACCGAUCUCUAAUAGCAUGGCGGUUUCUAGUUGUUGAUUGCUUCUAUUUCACAUCUAUGUCAUAUAACGAUUAUAUAUAUUCGUCUAGUUCGAUCAAUAUAUCAACUCAAAUAAUAUUAUUCAAUAUUAAUGUUAACGAUAAUUAAUCAGAACUUAUUGAAAAAUAAGUAAGCACAAUUGCAUUCUAUGAACAUAAAUUUCUCAAUAGUGACUCUUGCCCUCAUAUUUGCACAUAGAGCUUUUCUCUUCUGUUUUUUUUUUUUUUUUUUGUCCAAGUUGCUCCUUUCUUUUAUCUUUUUUUUUUUUUUAACAGUGAUUGGGGAAUGGUGUAAUUUUGCGGGAAAUUCACUUUUCCUCGUCAAAAUGGCACCUCCAUAUUUGUAGCUGUCCUCUCUGUCCCCCUUCUAACGCAAACCCAAAACUCUCUCUUUCCCUCAUCACUGCCUACAACCUCGCUUUCCUUCCUUCCUUUCCCCUUCUCUUCUUCCCCCAUUGCUCUCUCUCUCUCUCUCUCUCUCUAACUCACUUUCUUCUCCCCACUUCACUCCCUCUCCCUCAUUCCUUCCUCCCUUCUCCACAUCCAUCCAGCAGAAUAACGGGGGGAAAUUACCCACCCCUGAAAAUAUAGCAAUUACUUACAGGAGGAAGAGAAAUUAGACAAAGAAAAAAAGGGGUCAUGGAAGAAGCACCAGAAUUGUACCAAUCCAACAAUGGCGGAGGAGGAUUCUGCACUACCACUCCUCCUCCUUCGUUUGGCGGGAGUAAUAAUAGUCAAAAGCAUUCUAGUAGUAUCGAUAAUUCCAAGCCCAGUACUGGCGGUGGAAGUGAGCAUUUCGUCGUGGAAGACCUCUUGGAUUUCUCCAACGAGGACGAGGAGGACGACGACGCCGCUGUACUCGCCGACACCACCACCGACUCCUCCACUGUUACCGUCGUUGAUAACAGCUGCAAUUCCUCCUCCUUCUCCGGCUCCGACCCUCCCUCCGGCUUCAAUAAUCAUCCCCCUCUUCCUCCUCCUCCGGCUGCAGCUUUCUCCGACUCCCACUUCUCCAACGACCUCUGCGUCCCGUACGAUGAUUUGGCGGAGCUGGAAUGGCUAUCGAAUUUCGUGGAGGAAUCGUCGUUCUCGAGCGAGGACCUGCAAAAGCUGCAGCUCCUCUCCGGGAUUAAAUCCCGCCGCACCGACGAUUCCUCCGCCAUCACCACCACCGGGAACAACAACAGCAGCAACAACCCCAUUUUCGACGCCGACGUCUCCAUCCCGGCGAAGACGAGGAGCAAGCGGUCCCGCACGGCAGCCUGCAAUUGGGCGUCCCGCCUCCUCGUUCUCUCCCCGACUUCCUCCACCUCCUCCUCUGCCGCCGACCCGCCGGAAAUCGCCGUCGCUCCACCCCCUCCUCCCCCGCCGGCGCACCAGCCGCCGCCGACGGCCGCGACGUUGUUCCACCACCACCCGGCGAUGAUGAUGACGACGGCGAAGAAGACGGUGAAAUUGACGGCGCCGAAGAAGAGAGACGGCGGCGGGGGAGGAGGAGGAGGGAGUAACGGCGGGGAGGGGCGGAAAUGCCUGCAUUGCGCCACCGACAAGACGCCGCAGUGGCGGACGGGCCCGCUGGGCCCGAAGACGCUGUGCAACGCGUGCGGGGUCAGGUACAAGUCCGGGAGGCUGGUGCCGGAGUACCGGCCGGCGGCGAGCCCGACGUUCGUGCUCACGAAGCACUCCAACUCCCACCGGAAGGUUAUGGAGCUGCGGCGGCAGAAGGAGAUGAUGAGGGCCCACCACCCGGUGAGUACUACUACGACGUCGUCUUCGCAUCAUAGUCAGCACCAACAGCAACAGUUCCUGCACGGCCAUUCUCAUCAUAACAACCAGCAGCACCACCAUCACCACCAUCAAAGCAUGGUGUUCGAUGUCUCAUCCAACGGUGGCGGUGACGAUUACUUGAUUCACCAACACGUGGGCCCCGAUUUCAGGCAGCUCAUUUAGAGAGGGCCCUAUUUUUUGGGUUUUUUUUUCCCUACUUUUUUGUCCUAAAAUUAAAAUUAGCAUAGGCGGAAAACAAGUCACGAGUUUAGUGAAUUUCGCUUAAUCUUUUUUUUUUUUUUUUGUUACUUCUAAUUUUCUUUCUAUUUUUGGGUUACUUUUAGGCAUAAUUUCGAUUUUUGCUUUUUUGUCUUGGAUUUUGCUUAACAUUUUCCUUGAAUUUUCCAUAGGGUAUAAAUCAUGAAUUUUCUCGUCCAUGCACCAUGCUAUACGAUUCGAUUCUUGCUUGAUUUAUUUGCCAAAAUAAGUGAGUGAGUACUUAAUUGUGUAAGAAAAACAAGAAUCCUCCAUGCAUGAUUUUACGUAAUGAGAUUAGCUAUUUGCAUGCAAUUAUAAGUUUUGUUUGGUUCUUUAUUUAUUAGUGCAUGGCAAUGCGAGAUUGCGAGUAGGGAUUUGCGAUGUGGAGAAUUUGGAAAAUGUGAGAUGAUGCUCUAGAUUUUUGCCAAUCUUGGCAUAAAUAUGAGUUUUUAUUUGGUUAGGCCGUUGGAGAGUAGUUGGAAUCAUCUACCAAACCUCGUUGUUCUGGAACGGCUACGGUGCUAAUUGUACAAUAGUUAGCACCGUCCUAACCAAGGGAAAAACUACUACUAGUUUGAAUUAGUAGUGAUUUAGCUUAGAUGUUGUAUUGAUUUUAUAAUAAUCCGUAGUGAUUUCGUUAUUUUUAGUAGUGAUUUUUGCUAGUUAUCACGGUGCUAACCCCUAUAAGGGUUAGCACCUAAUCCCAUCCCUUCUUAUUAGGGUUGGUACUCACCACCUUUGAUAGGAUUUCGAUUGCGAAGUGUAAGAAUCAUGUUAGUUUCAGUAACUCCACUUGUUGGUAAGGAUUUCAUGGUUCGGGUUUUGAGGUGUGUCGCGGUAAACUCAAUCCUUAUUUUAAUUUUAAAUAUCUAAACUCAUGUUCUAAUUUUCAUAUAAGUGGAGCUUUUUCAUCAUCAUUUUCGCGAUUUUCUGAUACGCCCGAAUAAUUCUCAUUCUGACUCGAGCAUUGUAUGAAAAUUGAACUUGAACUUAAUGUAAUUAACUUGAAACACAUGAUUGUAGAGCUCAAACCUUGAAAUGAACAUUAUAUAUAACAAACUAACCACAAGAGCACGAGAAACAUAACCAAAAAUAUAGAUUGUUUACGGAAGAAGGAUUAAAAUGUGACAUAUGUGUCUUUAACUCCUUACGGAAUUGAAAAGGUAAAGUUCGUGAGUUGAUAGUUGUGGUCUUUUGAAAUUUCACUGGAGGACAUAUGAAUUAAGAUAGCAUGUAAUUGAUUGUCAUAUGAAUGAAUAUAGGGUGAAUAUGGGUAUGUAUGUGGAUGGCGAGGGAACCUAAACUGAUCAUACUAGACCCAUCCCGCCACUUUAUUUGUUGAUAUUACCCAUAUACUUGCCCGUACUCAGUCAAUGUGGGAUUUUCCCUCGUUGACUGUGUCAAGGAGGGUUGGACGCCCAUAAUUGUGGUUAGGGUUGUCAUUUUUAUUGUCGAGAGUAUCCCAUAUGAAUGAAUCUUAUAUCAUCUUCUUUCACGUCCAAUCAUAUGCGAGAGUCAAAUCUGUAGGUUUGAAAUUUGAACAAAUUAUCCCACCAUGUCGUGCACAUCAAUUAUUAACAGUGAGGGUGGUGACAAUUCAAACACAAAACCUAGAGAUCAAAGAUUUUAAUGUCAUGUCAAAAAUCGAUUGGUCAAAAUAAUUCAAAUUAUUAGAGCGAUUUAUUCUCAACAUAAACGAUGAUUUACAUAUGUAAAUCCCUCUUAACAACUACAGUUAUCAAGACCAACCAAUUUUUCACGUACCUACCACCAACGUAAGUAUUAAUAGGAAAAAAAAACAAAUAUAUCAACAUAAAUUUCAGUGAGAAACUUCAUGAGUGUUCUUGGUAAUGGGAGCUGGCCGGUGGGGUUGCUAGCUAGAUCGGUGGCUGAUUCAUGGUGUGAAUUGGGAUUGUUCCUAUCUCAGAGAAUGUUAGAAAACCAAAGAGGGUUUUUGCAGCCGACCUAUAAUUUAAUAAACUAGCAGUUUCCUUUUAAUUAAUCUCCUCAUUUAGUUGCAUGAAUUUCCCCAACUUCCUUUACAAGUUCGAGGGAGAAGAUAAUAUAUAUAUACAUAAGUUUGAAUUUUUUAUUCCAUUUUGCUCUUCUUCACAGUGCAAAAUAAAAGAUAAUAUAACCGUAACCCUAAUUUUUUUUAUUGGUCAUAACAAUUAACAACUAUGGAGUAGCACAAUGCACGAUCCUAUGCUGCAUUUUACACUAAUCCAAAGACCGCAGUGCACACAGGAAAAUAUAUAUUAUAAUUAUAUUUAUAUGUAUGCAUAUAUGCCCAAUUCAGUGCACUCUUAGUAGUUUCAUUAUCAGCUUAUUAUUAUUAUUUUAACCCCAAUUGCAUUUGGUGAUGAUUUGUUCUCGUGCAGUCGAAAAGCUAACUCGUUGUUUUGGGCGGAGAACAAUUUUUUUCUUAAAAUGGUUAAGAUGUUUAAUAAGUUUCAAAAUUGCACAUUUACUAUUCACUACAUGUACCAUGUUUGUAUUAUUCAAUUUAGUUUUACGACUGAUUACGUUGCACCGAUAUAUACUCGUAUCGCAUAUUAUUCAAAAGUUUAAUCGCUAUGUAUGUCGUGUAAACUUAUUGUUUGGAAUACAUUAAAUCUAUUGAUUUACAUAUACCUCACAAUCACUUAUAGUUAUAAUUUGUACACUCCCUCAAAACUAGGACAAUACGUUCUAACAGGUCGUGAAUAUACAUAACUAUUACAGAUUAUGUUAUUGAACCGCAUUAUGUUUGUAUAAUUUAUUUUCCUACUUUGUCUAUCGCUCAAUUAAGUGCAAAUUUACUUGGAAUUUACCGCAGAAGUUUUAUAUUAUAAGUAUUGCUUUGGAGUUAAAAAUGGGGAUGCAUACAUUUAUUUAUUUCCUCUCUUUUUUUUUUCAUACCAUACAUCAAUUUUAUUUAUUUCUUUUGUCCGUACAGGUAUUUAUUAUUAAUGAAUGUUGAAGGGGAAGCAAAGUUCGCGGUGCUCACGUGCCCCUCCCUUCGUUCCAUCUGAAUUCUCAGCGCCUUUAUUUAUAUGCUCCCACUAGCUACUGGUAUUUUUUUACAGUAAAAUGGUGUUUGUUACUGCGGUAGAAAUACUAGUUCAAGUCAUUGGGGCGAAUGAAGGUCAUAACUUUGUUUCACUCAUACAUAUACUUUUUGGGCAACAUAUUUAUGUAUCAGUUAAUUAAUUAAUAAGCAUUUGUGCUUCACAGUUGAAAUGAUUUGUUACUGGGGAGGAUAUACGUAGAGGUGGCAAAUGGAUUGGAUUGGUGGAUUGGAUUGGUGGAUCCAUGGAUCAAACGGAUUGGAUCUAAUGGAUUAGUGGAUUCAUGGAUUGGAUCAAGUGGAUUGGUGGAUUAUCCAUGAAUCCAAAUGACAUCAUCAAUCAAGGACCAAUAUGUAAAAUGUAAAAAGUUUAGGUACUAAAUUGUCAUAAUGAAAAAUUUUAGGUACCAAAAAGUAAUUUUCCAAUGAUAUUUUUUGUAUAAAAAUUUAAAUUUUAGGUACCAAAAUGUAAAAAUAAAAAUUAUAGGUACUAAAUCGUAAUUUGCUAAUGAUCCAUGGAUCCAAUCCAAUUGGAUUUGGAUCAAAUAGAUUGGAUUUAAAUGGAUUGGAUUAGGUGGAUAUUUUUAAUGUCUUCAAACUAAUUAACUUAUCUCUCAAUUAAUUAACUUAAAGAAAGAAAGGGGUUUAAUUGGGUCAGAGAUCACGUGCUCCUUCUCAGAGGGAGGAGCGAUAUUCAUGGGUCAUGUUUAAAAAGGUAAACCAACAAAUGCAUAAACAAACUCAAGAAAAUAUUUGAAUUAGUAAUGGUUAAUUAAGCAAAUGUUAAGGGUUUAGUCGGUGAUUGGCCUAUUAUUAAUUUAUUAAAUUGCAAAGCGGGAAAAUGGGAAUUAAAGUAGAGAUUUAGUGAUGUUAGGUUAGCAGUUGGCUAGCUUGUAUUUUAGUCAAAGGGGCUUCUCUUCUCUGAGCAGUUUCAUGUGCAGCAAGCAAGCAAGCUGAGCUAAGCUACUACUGAUGAGUGGCAGAGGAUUGAUUCUUAUUCCAUCAAGGGAGGCAGGAGGGUCCAUGGUGCACAACGGUUAAAUCAUUGUUCGAGUCGAUGCGAAAUGUUCAAUAAUGAACUUGGUGUAUUUAUUAUUCUCUUACGUUACGUGUGUAUGAGUUGUGAAUAUAAUAUUUAGAAGGUUGAUCGUACCAAUGCUUUUGUCGAUCUUAAAGGUGGUUCACUAAACCCAACAUCAAACAGUUAUGUUAAUCUCCGAGUACAGUAAGUAUGUAGCGAAGGAGCUAGGUUGAAACAAGAAGAAGCUAUAAUCCCCCUCUAAGUUGAAAUGUGGAGGAAAUCACAUUGUAAAUUUCUUUACAAAUUUUGAAAAUAGAAUAGUCGGUAAGAUAUUAGUCCCCCACCUCUCCACUCAUCCAGUUAUCCCAGUUCAAUACAGCCCGCUCAUUCAAAUUUCUGGCUCCGCAUGCAAACUCUCAUGGGUUGUAAGAGAAUCCAUUUGUUGAAUAAGAAAGAAAAAGGUCAAGAAAUGAAGGGAUGUACUGAUA